AUAUGUCUCUCCCUGUGCAUAUUUCUGUGCAUAUAUAUAUAUAUAGAGUGGCUCCCCCAUCGGUCAGUUAUCUUCAUCUAUCCUCUCCACAUACAUAACCCAAUCCUUGUGAGUCAAAACUAUUAUAUUUAUUAGUAACAUAUCUACGCUAACAAUUACAUUCACAUGGCUCCCAUGACUGGCGAAAACGUUGUAGUUCCGAACUUGAAGCUGGAAAGGAUGCUAAGCAUGAAAGGAGGCAAAGGUGAAGCUAGUUACCUUAACAACUCCCAGGCACAGGCUCAACAUGCUGGAUCGAUGCUCCACCUGCUGAGGGAGGCCUUGGACAGGGUGGCCCUGGGCCCGACUGACGGCCCGUUUGUGGUGGCAGAUCUCGGGUGCUCGUGUGGCACCAACACCAUACACGUGGUGGAAGUUAUCAUCAAGCACAUGGUGGAGCGUUAUGAGGCGGCUGGCUGUGGUGGGCCCCCUGAGUUCUCUGCCUUCUUCUCCGAUUUGCCGUCAAAUGACUUCAACACGCUUUUCCAGCUGCUGCCCCCGCGCUCCUACUUUGCUGCUGGGGUGCCCGGUUCUUUCUACCGACGCCUUUUUCCCGCAAAAUCAGUUGAUGUCUUUUAUUCGGCUUUUUCCUUGCACUGGCUGUCUCAGGUUCCAGAUGUGGUGGUGGACAAGAGAUCGAUGGCAUACAAUAAGGGUAGAGUAUUCAUCCGUGGCGCAAAUGAAAGCAUCGUAAAUGCGUACAAGAAACAAUUCGAGUGGGACUUGACUGAGUUCUUGAGAGCAAGGUCGAAAGAGAUGAAGAGAGGAGGUUCCAUGUUCUUGGUUUGCUUGGGAAGGACUUGUUCAGAGCCAAGCGAUCAAGGUGGGGCCGGCCUUCUCUUCGCUACCCAUUUUCAGGAUGCUUGGGAGGAUCUUGUCCAACAGGAGCUGAUCACUAGUGAUAAAAGGGACGGGUUCAAUAUUCCGGUUUACGCGGCAAGCCUAGACGAGUUCAAAGAGGUGGUGGAAGCUGAGGGUUCGUUUAUCAUCAACCGGCUCGAAACCUUCAAAGGCGGCAGCCCACUUGUGGUGGCUCGGCCAGACGACCCAGUGGAGAUCGGCCGCUCGUUUGCCAACACCUGUCGCAGCGUGGCUGGCGUGCUGGUCGAGGCGCAUAUUGGUGACCGUCUAGGCGAAAUACUCUUCGCCCGUGUGGCGGUCCGGGCUGCCAGCAGGGCAGAGGAGCUCAAGGAAAAGCUUCAGUUCUACCACAUUGUGGCCUCACUUUCUCUACCCAAUAAUUAUUGAUUAAUUAGUAGUAAAUAAGAAAUUAAGUACUAGUGCGGCCUAUUAUUAUAUGUAAUCGUCUUUACUUUAUGGCUCUAACCGUAGGGAAAGGGAGAGAUUAUUGGAGUAUAGCCCUUUACUUUUUCAUUAUGUUAGCCUUGAUUGUUGCGGUUUCGCCGGUUUGUUGAUGUGGAAAGUAUUAUUGCAGUUACUCAAGGCGGUUUGGAGAGUUUUUUUUUUUUAUUAUUUUUUU